AAAAAAAAUGCCUAUCAAUUCGUAUUUUUUCUCUCGAACUGUGAAUAAAAUAAAAAAAAAUCCAAAGAUUCAGUGAAGAGGAAAAAAAUUUGGAAUCAUUAUUAUACAAUAAUGAAAUAAGACGUUUGCACUUUGCAAAAAGGAAGAAAAGGAGAGAAGAACAAAAGGAAGAAGGAUAAGAUAUAAAAAGGAAGUGAAAAAAUAUCAAGAUUACUAUAUAUGUAUACAUUAGUAAAAAUUUUCUAGAAAUAAUUCAUAAAAAAUUUGUCAAUUUUAAAUAAAAAUUUGUCAAUUAUUAUUCUUCCUCAUUGAGGAAAGGAUAAAAUUUUUUGUUAUGGAAACUGAAAGAAAUUGGACGGAAUUAACGAGUAUUAUUAAUUAUACACUCAGUGAUACAAUAAUUAACGAUGAUGAGAACAAAAAUUCACAAUUGAAUAUUCCCUAUACAGUGUGUGAAAUUUUAGUGGCUAUUGGUGCAAUAUUUGGCAAUGGAUUAGUGAUAAUAAUAUUUAUUAGAGAACGAAAAUUACGACGACGAACUAAUUACUAUAUAAUAUCAUUAGCUGUCGCUGAUUUAUUAGUGGGACUCUUUGCAAUACCAUUUGCAAUUUUAGCCAGUAUUGGACUACCAAUUAAUUUACACGCCUGUCUAUUUACCGUGUCUGUUUUAAUAGUGCUUUGUACAAUUAGUAUAUUCUGCCUUGUUGCAGUUUCCAUUGAUCGAUACUGGGCUAUUAUUUAUCCUAUGGCAUAUUCACGAAUUGUUCGAACAAAAACAGCAAUUGGUAUAAUUUGCAUUUGCUGGAUUGCUGGUGGUUUGGUGGGUUUUCUACCACUUGCAGGUUGGAAUGCAGGAAAAAAACUUGAUGACAACUGUAUAUUCACUGAAGUUAUGGACUACAAUUAUUUAGUAUUUCUUUAUUUGACAACAAUUAUUAUACCUGGAAUUUUAAUCGGUGCCUCGUACGCUCACAUAUAUCGAGUUGUUAUAAAACAAUUACAGCAAAAUGUGACGAUAAAUCCAAUUGGCUCGAAAGAAUUUCAACCAGGAACGAUGCUUCGUCUUUUGGGCGCUGCACAAAAACGAGAAGUUAAAGCAACACAAAAUUUAGCGAGAAUUGUUAUUUUUUUCAUUAUUUGUUGGUUUCCAUUGUAUACGAUUAAUUGUAUUGUCGCAUUUUGUCCCAAGUGCUCUGUGAAUCAAGUGUUUCUCAAUUUUUGCAUUAUUCUCUCACAUCUGAAUUCCGUGGGUAAUCCCAUUCUCUAUGCUUAUCAUUUAAAAGAUUUUCGAAAUGCAGUUAAACAUUUUUUUUGCAGAUAA